UAACUACCCUUUUGACUCGGGACCUCUCUUUCUCUCUCCCCUUUGCCACGUGUCACCUCUAUAAAUUAUCUUCACAACUGAAAAUUUUCAUUUUUCGCUCUCUCUCUAAACUCGAAUUAUCAAAACAAUAUUUUUGAGGUCGCGGUUUCACCAUGAGUGGUGGUACGAAUCAGUUGAUAUCUGUUAAUCCUCCGGAACUCAGGUUCCAAUUUGAGUUGGAUAAACAAAGCUACUGUGAUCUUAAAGUCACAAACAGCACGGAUCAAUGUGUUGCUUUUAAGAUGAAAACUACUUCUCCAAAGAAGUACUUUGUCCGACCAAACACUGGUAUUAUACAGCCCUGGGAUUCAGGUUUCCUUCGAGUCACCCUUCAAGCGCAAAAGGAGUACCCGCCAGAUAUGCAAUGCAAGGACAAAUUCCUCCUACAGAGCACAAUUGUGAAUAAUGAUAUUGAUAAACUUCCUCCAGAUACUUUUAAUAAGGAUGGGGGAAGAACUGUAGAAGAGUGCAAACUUAGGGUUGUUUACAUAUCUCCAAAUUCAUCUCCUGGACAUUCUGAAGAUGUGUUUAAACAAAGCUCUGAUUUCACCUCUAAUCAAGCAUUGCAGCGUAUCAAAGAUGAAAGAGAUGCAGCUGUCCGACAAACACAACAGCUACUACAGGAACUGGAAAUUAUGAAGAGACGAAGAAAUCGGAAUGAUCCAGGCUUCUCUCUAAGGUUUGCAAUUGUUGUGGGAGUCAUCGGCCUAAUGGUUGGCUUUCUGCUGAAACUGCUGUCUUCACCAUCAGAGAAUAGCUCUGAGUUUCUUCAUUCUCCAAAUUAAUUGUAUAAUUUUCUAGUGCUAAUGAAGCCGGAAGAGAAGAGCUUUCUUAGCUCUAUUAACUUUGUGUAAAUUGAUCAACUUAUAAUUGUUUGAUAAUCCUUUCUCAUCAUUUGUUUUGUAUAUAUACAAUCUCUUUGCUGGA